AUGGCCCGCACGUCCGUGGCCGGCUCGGCCGGCAUCCUCGGCCUCACUGGCCUGGGGAAGUGGGCGCACGACCACCCGGGCAUGGCGCUCGCUGGGGGCGUCGCCGCGGUGCUCGGCGGGGCGGUCGCUGGCCACCUCGCAGAGGAGGCGAUUCGGCCAGGCGGCAAGAAGCACAAGAAGGACAAGAAGGACAAGAAGGACAAGAAGGACCUGAAGGUCAAGAAGGAGAAAAAGGGCAAGAAGGACAAAAAGGAGAAGAAGCGGGGCGUCGGCGACUCGUCGUCUUCCUCCUCCUCCUCCUCCUCGUCCUCCUGA